UUCUGCCGUCCUUACUGACUUGUGUGUCCUUCUAGAACCGGCGCAAUCAGGUCGUACAGUAUGAUGAAGAACGAGACCGUGUGGGUGUUGUGGGCAGCGAGGGCGGCGAUGAAGAAGAAGAGGAAGAAGCCAACGGGCAGCCAUAUGUCCUUGCACUGAGGAAUGUUCUUCAGGAGCCACGCACCUGUCUCCAUGAUUUCGACCAUGACCAAUGGCCUCAGGAGUCAUCUCUCCACCACAGCAUCGACAAGAUAAUUCAUAUCGAAACGCCACUUCGGUUGAUGAGCUGGGUCAAGUCGUUUGCGCUGCUUGCUCAGAGCAGUGCUCGAGGGUAAAUACACAAGUAAUCUUUGUGCCGAGCCUGAGGGUCGACAUCCUUCAAGACGCGUGGCAAUGCCCGUCACCCAUCAUCCCUUCCCAUGUCCUCGACUCCUCUACUAUCAUCGACAACUGGGCACACUUCUGUCGCAAGUGCUCUGCUUGCAUUUCUGAUGACGAGUCCGACGACCCUUCCUUCUCCCAUGCCUUCACCAAGGUCCCUUCUCUCUCACGUGCUAAUGGCAUGGUCAUUGGCGAUAUCCCUGUCGUGCUGGCUGGCCUCACGUGGGUGGAAACGGUCUGCAUAGCUAGGGCCAGGGCGAGUCGCUGCUGUGUCAUGAUCAAAAAAGGUUCGUCUUCUGCUAUCAUAUCUGACAUGAUAAUGUAACCAGGUUCUACUAGCAUGCCGACUCCAUCUGCGGACUCUUUGGCCGCCGGUAGCUCUUCCGCUUCCGACUCAGGCGACGUUUUCGGAGGUCCUGAGCCGAUGAGGAAGAACAGCCGCUCCAAGAAGGGGAAGGAAAAGCAGGAUGAGGAUUUUAUAGGAUAGAAACUUAUAAAGUUGAGUGUUAAAAAGUUUCAAUAAUGUAUACUAUGGAUCUGCCAUCUUCAAACUUCGCUUGACUUUUUGCGUUACGGGUCCCGCCGCUCGUCG